UUCGCGCGCGAAAGAGGGCGAGAUUCAGGAAUAAAUAUCCUGAGAUUCAUGAGAUUCAGACACAGACACAAAGAAGAGAGAGAAAGAAAGAGUGAGAGAGACUUUGGAUUAAACCUCAUUUUAACGCACAUUGCAGUGGAUCAGAGACACGCGCACAGAGAGGAAUUUCCAGUGAGACCUGUGUGAGAACCAUGAAUUUAUUCCUGCAACUAUUCCUGCUUCUUCCAGCUGUGUUAUGUUAUGCCGAUCUCACAGUGCUACAUCACAGACAGAAGAGAGGGACACGUAUGUACACUAGAGAAAUGCAGUGCGUGGACACUGACUCAACUACAGUCAGAAACACUGGGGCGACGUGGCUGCGUUGGAAAGGUCCAAAAGUUGAAUUCUGCCGCUGUACCUCACGAGGAAGAACAAAAUGUCAUGAGAUACCAGUUACCAGGUGUUUUGUGUCAAAGUGUUAUAAUGGAGGGUUGUGUAAAGAAGCUGUUUACUCGAAUGAUUUUAUAUGCCAGUGUCCAACCGGGUUUUCCGGCACUCGGUGUGAAAUCAAUACAGGUGAGAAAUGUGCGAGGGGUCAAGGGUUAGAUUACCGUGGUAUUUGGAGUACGAGCGCAUCAGGACUGGAGUGUAUUAACUGGAAUUCAACGUCACUGAGAGGAAAGAAAUUCACAGCUAAAAGACCAGAAGCCAAUACACUGGGACUGGGAAAUCACAACUACUGCAGAAAUCCAGAUGGAGAUACUAAGCCCUGGUGUUAUGUUUAUAAAAGAGCUCAGAUCAUAUGGGAAUUCUGCUCCUUACCCACCUGUGUAUCAGAGCCCACGCUGGAGUGUUUACUCGAAUCAGGACAGACGUACAGAGGAACAAAAGCUAUUACACGCAGUGGAUUAACUUGUUUACCGUGGGACUCUUCUGCUGUCUCUCAAAAAUUCUACAAUGCGUGGACAUCUAAAGCCCGGGAGCUCGGCAUCGGCAGCCAUAACUUCUGCAGGAACCCAGACCGUGACCUCAGCCCCUGGUGUCACGUCUAUAAAGGAUCACAGCUGACCUGGGAACUGUGCGAUAUCCCCAAGUGCCCGAAGAAAACUCCAUCAAUAACCACGCAUGGACCACGAGCUCCUACACCCAUCAAUAAUCAGGGUUCCUGCGGUCAGCGUCUUGAAGCUCCUUCAAACUCGCUGCCCAUGUUUAGGAUACGAGGAGGUCAGAGCAGUGACAUCAGAGAGCAACCGUGGCAGGCCGCUAUUACUGUAUAUCUGCCACGUGCCAACACUUUUAACUUCCUGUGUGGAGGGGUUCUCAUUGACUCCUGCUGGAUCCUAUCAGCUGCUCACUGCUUCCAGCAGGGUUAUUCAGAGAAACGUCUUCGGGUGAUUCUUGGUCGAACCUUCAGGCUUCAGAACUCCAGCAGUGAGCAGAUCUUUGAUGUGGAGAAAUAUUGGGUUCAUGAAAAUUAUGAUGAUGAAACCUAUGACCAUGAUAUAGCUCUGCUCAAGUUAAAGAGCGAAGAUGGUAUCUGUGCUAUAAACUCUCCUGAGGUUCUGCCUGCGUGUUUACCAGAACCAGACCUGGUUUUACCUGACUGGACCGAGUGUGAGAUCUCAGGCUAUGGGAAAGAGGAAGAGUUUUCUCCGUUUUACUCCGAAAGAAUUAAGCGAGGUCUCGUUCGGUUAUGGCCUCAGGAACAGUGUGUUCCAGAGAAGCUGGCCGGUCGUCUGGUGACUCCUAACAUGCUGUGUGCAGGAGACACACGCGGUUUAGACGAUGCCUGCAAGGGGGAUUCUGGUGGUCCUCUGGUGUGUCCUAAGAAUGGCAGGAUGAUGCUGAUGGGGUUGAUCAGCUGGGGUGACGGAUGUGGAAAGAAAGACGUGCCCGGUGUUUACACUCGUGUCACAAACUACACAAAGUGGAUCUCUAAUAAGAUGAGAUCUAACUGAGACAUAACAGCAAAUGGCUAUUGGGCACUGAAAUGAAGGUGAUGUGGAGGACGCCUCCAUGUCCAUUGAUCUUCACACAGCUGGCCCAGCGAGCAUCAUUCUCACAUAUCGAACUUUAGUCUUCUUGAAGCUCUUCAGAUUUCAACAGGAAACCAUCAGUUGUGGGAGAAUGCAUAACAGAACCUCAGAUGUUUUGUGAUGCUGUGAGUUGAUCAUUGCAUGUACUGAAUUGAACGACCAUGUUUCAAUGAUGUAUUUUAGGAUGCCGCAUAAAUCGUGGCUUAAAAUUUGUGCUACCAACCAAACGUUCUGCUGAAUUGACUUUGGGUACCAACUCUCAUUCAGAGAUUGCCUGCUUCUUUAAUAGUACUUUUAGUAUUUUAAAAUGUUUAAAGGUGCCGUAGAAUGUAAAACUAUUAACCUAGGCACAAAUAAAUAAUAAGAGUUAUGUAUAUGGUAAUAUCAUAUCGUGAGCCUUAAAGGAACAGUAUGUAUGAUUGUGGCCAAAACUGGUAUUGCAAUCACAAAACUUGUGGCUAAAACUGGUACUGCAAUCACACAACAAUACACAAAAUGACAACAUAAACAUCAGUUGAGGGCUGCAACUCCACUUUUUAAAUGACAAUACCCUGGCCAGACCGCUGUUGUGAGUGAUAUAAGUAUUUGAAAUGAAAAUGAUUUCUUAAUGUCUAGUGACAUAUCAGGGCCAUUUUAUGAUUAAUUGAUAUAAUUUUUUUACAUACUGUUCCUUUAAACACGAUUGUUUCCUCAUAUGUAAACCUCGUGUUACCACGUUACAGUCGAAGAUGUAUGACCACAACAUUAAAUUAAUUAUAAUGUUGUUACAAUGCUAAAAACAAAGUUGUGACUGCUGAGUUAGCGCUAUAUGCUAGUUAAUGCUAUAUGCGAACGUUUAGGCUGAAGUUCUACUAUACUAAUAUACUGAAAAAAACCCACAAACUUACUACUCAGAAAUGCCCAUCAACCAUCUCCAAACAAUUGAUUAUUCCACAAAUUCUGUAUUUUCAUCUGAUACAAGCUCAAACACACACUGUCACAGUAUUACUGGUUAUUUCUGGCAACUAGCUGCCAGUAACUUACUGUAAAUUUUAUAUUUAUGUUAUUUACUGGCAACAGUUUGUUCAAAGUUAAAUAAUCAUGAAACAUUUUCAGUCUUUAUCUUCUACAGUAAGUUACUGGCAAUCAGCUGCAUAAUUUUUUUACAGUGGUCUGUUUGCACACACACAGAGCUACUGAAUGAGCUGCUCUGUAAAACAUCCAAUCAGAGCAGAGCUCAACAUUAUUAUUCAUGACCCUUUCAAAUAAGGUAAUAAUAGACCAUUUAAUUCUGGGAAAAAAAUCCUAGAGUUGUAAAUGGACAUGUAAAUCCGUCUCUUGAUAAUUUUUGCCCCACACCUUUUAUGUAGAUAUCAAAGAACAAUUAAAAAAAAUUUAAUGUAUUUUUUGGCACCUUUAAAUGGAUUUAGACGGAGCACUUCAUGUAGCUUAACUGGUGGAGCAUUGUGUUAGCAGCGCAGGGGUCAUGGGUUUGAUUCUAGGAAACAGACAACAAAUUGACAUUGAUAAUAAGUGACUAAAUACAUUUCAUCUCUGAAAAGAAGUGAAAGCACUUAUUUUCUUGGCUGUUACAAGAUGUUUUUGUUUUGUAAUGCUUAUUGGCAUUUUUUAAAUACAUUUUUAACACUAAAUAUCUGCUGGAUCAGAGAGACUUGUGUUUACUACUAGGGUUGGGUAUUGGCAAGGGCCUCACAAUACGAUACGUAUCACGAUACAUGGGUCAUGAUACAAUGUAUCAUGAUACGAUACAAUACAUUGCAUGUUGCAAUACAUUGCAAUACUUCUCCUUUUUUUUAAUCAAAAAUUUUUUUAAGCCAAAGAUGCUUCCAGACAUCGGCUUUGAAAGCUGCAGGUGUUUUUAAAUUUUCUGCCAUUUUCUCACUCCCGCUAACUGGCUGUAUAUGACAGACACCUGGACAACGACAACUACAGCAGUGGCGGAGGAGGUCGUUUAACGCAGUUGUUCUCAAACGUUUUCAGCGUGCGGCCCCCCUUGUGUACGGCGCAUUCCUUCCCGGCCCCCCCAAAGAAAAUUUAUGACAAGAAACAAAACAUAUUAAAUGAUACAAAGUAGUGUUGUUGGUUAGUAGUCUUAUUUUUUUUAGGUUUAAUUGCACAGAAUUCAUGAUAAAUUAAUUUAUUUUAUAAAAUGUCAUAAAACUGGGGCCCCCCUGGCACCAUCUCGCGGCCCCCCUGGAGAACCACUGGUUUAACGCACAUAGAAGGAUUUGAUGGUUUUUAAAAAUAUUGACAGUAGAGAUUGAAAUAUUGACACACUAUCGUGGAAAAGUGUAUCACGAUAGUUAGCUGUAUGUAUCCAUAUUUUUUGCACAGCCCUAUCUACUACAGUAUGUAUUUAAUAAGACUUACAGAUCCACUAAUGGGAUACAUUUUAACUUAAUAUUUUUAACAUAUUUUGUAAACUGUUUUGUAAAUUUAUAUUCAUAUAUAUUAGCAAUUAUGGCUAAAUUAUUGUUUAUGGUUUUAUAAAUGCUUGUAUUAUUUUGUGUGACUUUUUAUAAAACAAGAAAUGAAAACUUUUGUCUACUAUUAUGUCUUUAGCACAAACUAUUUAACUAGUCUUUAAGGGUGACUUAAUGCUGGCAUAUCAAGUUUGUUUGAAAAUAUUAUUUUAUUUGCAUUACAUGCACCUUCUGAGUUUGUGCUGUGUUUGAAAAACAUUUAUAACAUUUUUCAUAUUAAACUGGUUUAUAGUGUGAAAAAAUAAUUGACAGUUGUAAUGAGAGCCAGAUUGGCUCCCUCUGCUGGCCUUCAGUGGUUUCUCUCAUCUGUCACUAUCCGGACUACAUUACCCAUCAUCCCUUGCACUACCAGUUCCUCACCACACCUGUUUCCUGUCACCUGGAUUGCCUUUGAUGUUGUCGUUUGCCUGGUGUAUGACCCUUGCCUGUAUUGUGGAUUACCCCUUCAAUAAAACCAUCAUUUGGAUCAAA